GGGCUGGCUCCCCUCGUGAGCGCAGGCAGGCGAUUCUGCUGAGCUCGCGAACGAAAGUCCAACAGCCUCCGAAAACGAGAGCGUUCACUCCCGAUAACUUCCGUCUUUGACCUGUUGUAGCCGUAGAGGAAAGACGACUGCCUUUAUGUCACAAGUUUCGCGCAUUAGGAAUCUCCAAGGCAUUAAAGUAGAGCUCUUUUAAAUCUUAAUUUACUUUUAACAAAAAUCUUCUCCAAGCGACAAACUCUGUCAUCAAAAUUAAAGGGUUAGCCUUCUCUGAGUUUUGCGCAUGCGUAUCAUGAUACCUACGUUACUGAUGGGUAUGCGUCGUUCUAACAAGCAAAUACACGAUUUUAAAAUAAGAACACUGAGCAAGCAUUUAUUUCCGCUUACUCUCGUCUAUCAAACACAAUUACAUUAGGGUUAAUUCUUGUUCAGCGUAGGUGUUGUAUUAUUUCUGUACAGGCGGUAUUGUGGUCUACCUCUGUUGUAUUUCACAAGGCGGAGUUUUGGGGCCUUCAAUCUCUCUUUUCGCCGUACCCGCCAUCUUGUCGAGACCGGGGGUAAGAUCCUCUCCGUUAUUAACGCAAUUUUGAGUUUGAUUGUCGCAGUUAACAAACACAGUUGCAUAUAUAUCCAUCCUGAAGAUCUUUCCUCUUAUCUCAGUGAGUGAAUUUCGUAGUUAAAUCGUCUAUGUGGCUGAUAGUUUUGGUUGAAUGUGAGCCGGACUCACAGCGUGGCUCUCCAUGUGGGCCCUGCUGACAAGCCUUUACUAAAGGCGAUGGUUUCCUCUCAGGCUGUAUACUUAAAAUACAUGUUAAAAAUGAUACUUUCAUGGAAAUUGUGUUUUAUUCUAUGGAAACUCAAUUAUUACGACGUGGACUGAUUCUCUGGGUCAAGUAGUUGCGUAUAUACAGCCCUAGUAGUUGCUUAGCAUUAGCAAUUAGUAUGCAGUUAUUGUAAUAUUGCAGCAUUUGUCUUCACUUUUAUAACAACCGUGAACCGCAGAGCUACCCCUGCCGUCGAUUCUGCACGUUUGUGUUUAUAAGUAAGGUUGUCAUUCAUUUGGUUAAGAUGUUGAUAUAAAGUGAAUGAAGUUACUGCUUGGUUGACAGCCAGGUGUUGACCCUGAGAACGUGUUAUUAGAUUACCAAAGCGUGUUUUCCUCUUGAAUGUUGAUGUUUUUAAGCACGAAACACUUUUUUUGUGUGUAUGAUAAAUCACAGUAGGAAAAAUCAGUGUGUCUGAAACGGAGAUACGUCCUUUAUUGAUUUUUUUGUUUUCCCAAAUGUCCUCUUUUGGCAGCAUGUGAUGUGUUAGACUUUAUCCAAACUAACACAAGUUUGUUUUUUAUUUCUCCUCAGUAAUCAGGCAUCAUGACGAACACCAGAGGCAAGAGGAGGGGGACGAGGUACAUGUUCAGCAGGCAGUUCCGCAAACAUGGUGAGUAUUUCAAUGCAGACUGUGAAACCACUUAUGUGAUGUAUUUCCAAUUUUAACAUUAUUUAAAUUUUAUUCUGUACAGUUACAAUUACUAUCAAUGUUUUGCAAAAUGACAUAAAUUGUCUGCAUUUGCUCCACAGGCCCAAUUCCCCUGUCCACAUACAUGCGCAUCUACAAGAAGGGUGACAUUGUUGACAUCAAGGUAAGAGACUGCGUUUAUUCAAGAGUAUUUCUUUGUUUGGAUGAUCAGGUGGAUCUAGACCUCCAUGAAAAAACUGACCAAUAAGAGACAUACACACAAAAUAACUUACAUAGUCAAUCAAUCAACCGAUCAGUCUUUGUGCUAUAUGCUGUGUAUGAAAAGUGCUAUAUAAACAAAGUGCUUUACACAGAAAAAGGUACAAAAGAAACAAAUAAUAUGUCCAUGUAGAUUCUCAUUCAUCCAGGUCAUGGUUUUCUUAAAGACUUAAAAACAGGCAAAGCUCAAUUCUGAAUCAAAUAAAGCACCUAAACUUUUAGCUUGUUGACUAGGAUUAUAGGAUAAUGCUUUGAGUAUGCUGACCAGUUUCUCUCUCUUGUACCCUGUCUCAAUGACUAAAACCUGAGUUUUGUCCUGGUUGAGCUGUAAAAAGUUCUCUGCCAUCCAUGAACAUAGGCUCCUGUUUGUUUAUUCUAUGCUGAGGUUCAUCAUCUUGUAAAAAAGAUUUUCGAAAUCUCUUGAGUCAUUUCUCUGCUAGAUGUAAUGAGUAAUAAAUACAGUGCAUAAAUAAUACAUUUAACGUUCUGGCAUGGGUGGUUUCUCUUUAGGGCACAGGUACCAUUCAGAAGGGAAUGCCCCAUAAGUGUUACCAUGGCAAAACAGGACGCGUCUACAAUGUAACCCAGCAUGCUGUUGGCAUCAUUGUCAACAAGCAGGUCAAGUAAGUAGGAUGUGAUGUUUAUAUUUGAAUCAGGAUGCAUUUGUGAUUGUUCAAGUGAACUCUGUAGGAUCACAGUUAAAUUCCGUGAUCAGUUAAACCCAGGUAUCAGAUCCUGAUACCAGCGGGGUGUGCGCAUCCUGAACCUGAAAGGUUGUUUUGGUCACCACACCUUCUAAGUGUAUCAGCAUUGUCAUGUUAGACUUCUUCAUCUGGGAUUGUGAAUACAAGGUUCAGGAUGUUACCCCAUCUUCACUUUGCCACCAGGACUGUUGAUGUGCUGAGUGGUCAUUCACGUGGGGGAAAGUAUCCCAUCCUUGAGAACACCAGUCUAACUCCUGUUUGAUCUGGGGUUGUAUUGAGGAUACAGCGGCGGAGUGAAGAUUUUUAAACAGCAUGACGUUUAUCAUUAUUAAGGAUCCGUCUGUGAUGACAUUUGAUUCUUUUGGCUGUCACAGGGGGAGGAUCCUGGCCAAGAGGAUUAACGUGCGUAUUGAGCACGUGAAGCACUCAAAGAGCAGGGACAGUUUCCUGCAGCGUGUCAAAGAGAACGAGGCCAAGAAGAUGGAGGCCAAGCAGAAGGGCAGCUGGGUGGAACUGAAACGUCAGGUAUGUAACAUAAAGCUUUUUUUUUUCCUUUUAUUGUAGGUGACUUAAAAAAUGUUUCUCUUGAAAUAAAAGAAAAUGAAGCAGAGCGUUUGUUGUCUUUCAACCACUUACAAGAACCUUCAUGUUUCCACAGCCCGCUCCCCCACGUGAUGCUCACUUUGUCAGCACCAAGAAAAACGCCCCACAGCUGCUGGAGCCCAUCCCCUACGAGUUCAUGGCAUAAAGAGCUCACAAAAUAAAAGAUCUUUGUACACACACUACUGGUCAUGUCUUCCUCUGUUCACACUGAAGAUGAUAGUAUUUCUCAUGCUGUGCUGGCACUCAGUGAUGAUUCUCCUCCUUUGAUUUCUCAAGAUGAAAUCAACUGCACUUGUCAUUUCACCGGCGAUCUGAGAGUGUCCAGCACAAGCAUUUCCCAUUCACACACCCUCCCUUAACAGGUCUAUAGAUUUUAAAUGAAUUUACAGUUACCAACUUAUAACCUGCAAAGACUGAUACAAAGAGUUCAACCAUUUACUGAACGUUGUUCGGAAACGCAGCAUCUAAGAGCACUGAACGAGCUGUUUCAGCUGAUUUAUAGGUUAAGUUCUGGAGAUAUUGGGUCUCUGACUCACAAUGACUCAAACAGGUAAGCACAUUUUUAAGGCCAUUUACACUUGUGCUUUAAAGAGAGUGUCUAAUAAAAACUUAAACAGUUGUGCAGAUUCAGUGACUAAUUCUCCCACAGUUAUUUUUCCCCUGAAAAUAAAGGGGCACCAAAUGUUUAUAUUUCCCACUAGACUUAUGACAAUACAGGUUCAGUGAAUCUUUCACUCAUACUAAAUACUGCAGUACAUGUAAUACAUAUUGUUGCAGUCCUGGCUUUAUGCAAAACAUUCUCACUGUGUCAGAGAUGCCGCAUUAGUCAGAUUAUUACUGGGGUGCAGCUAUUAAACCUCUCAUGAGAAUCAGAGUUUUAACAAUAAACAUUAAAGCGUCACUUUAAAUAAGAGUGAAGAGUUUUACUCAAAAGAGAAAUCAAACCGUAUUUUAAAUAUGACAAUGUAUACCAGUAGUUAAAUGCCAUUCCUGCAAGGAAUGCCCGAGUUGUAUUUCCGGUGUAGUGCAGUAGGUGGCAGUGUGCACCAAGAGAAACCUGAUGAGCUGAAGCGACUAUGUUCAAGACUCAAAUUUCCUGCUUUAAAAAAUGCAAUUUCAUUUGUUUUUAUUAACUACGUUUUAAUAAAACAUUUUCUCUCCAUA